AUGGCUAGUAGCAGUCCAGUUGUACGGCAGAUCCAUCGUGAGUUUUUGAGCUGCGGUAUCUGCCUGGACCGUUACCAGAAUCCAAAGGUCCUCCCGUGUUUGCACACAUUUUGUGAGCGUUGCCUCAUCAGUUACAUUCCCCCAGAGAGUCUCUCCUUGACGUGUCCGAUUUGCCGGCAACAGUCCAUCCUCCCAGUAGAAGGAGUCUCAGCACUGCAAACCAACUUCUUCAUAACGAACCUCAUGGAUGUUUUGGGACAAACCAAUGUAUGCACUGCCUGUGUGGACAAUACAAAGGCUAUGUGCAAAUGCACCAACUGCGAUAAUUUCUUGUGUGAGCGCUGCUCUGAGAGCAGCUGUGAUGGAGGUCAGUCAUCUGCUGACCCGACCAAUGACAACGCUUCUAGCGGUGAGACCCCAACCAGUGUCCACAAUAUCAUCCGCCUCAGUGAGCUGGCCUUGACUGAGGACAAAGAGAACCGACUGGUAUGUCCCAGUCAUGAAGGCAAAUCUUUACAGUUUUAUUGUUGCGCUUGUGAAACAGCUGCAUGUGAGGAAUGCACAGCUGUUCACGUGGGCCACAAGACCGUUCCCUUGCAGGAUGCAAUUAAAGAGCACAAGGCAGGACUUCAAAGACUUAUCUCUGGUGCAAGAGCACAGAUUCCUGGGAUUCAAAAAUCAGUCAAAGAAGUCAUUGAAGUUUCUGAAAGGUUGAGUUUAAAGUCCAAAGAAGCUGAAGAACACAUUGUGAAUGCAUUUGACAUUCUGGAUAAGUUGAUGUUACAGCAGAAGACUUCGCUACUGACAGAGCUGGCUGAAACCCAUAAAGCCAAAGAGGAGGUGCUAAGCAAACAAAGGGAAACACUGGAAAACACACUUUCUCGAAUUUCCAAUUGCUGCGAAGUCACGGAGGACGCCCUUGAACACGGCAAGGAGACUGCCAUUCUUGUUGUCAAAAAAGAGGUUACAGAAAAACUACAAGAACUUGGUUCAAUGAAUAUUAACUAUCAACCAGAGGAGAAUGAAUUUCUUGAAUUUGAUAAUUCCUGUUUCCAGUCAUUAAAAAAGUCAAUUGUCAACCUGGGACACAUUAUUACAAACAGUGCUGUUGGGUUUGAAACCACAGCUACAGGAGAUGGCCUGAAGUAUUCCUAUAUUGGCAAGUACUCUACUGUGUCUGUCACCACAAAGGAUCGUAAAGGUGAGCUUGUUAAACUUGGACAUGCUACAGUUGAAGCCGAGUUGCUCAACCUUAACAAGGACAUUAUUAUUGAGCCACAUAUUACUGACCAUAAGAAUGGUACCUAUGACAUAACCUAUUCUAUCCCCAAAGAGGGUACAUAUGAGCUAUUCAUUAAAGUUUUUGGGCAACCCAUCAAGGGAUCACCAUUUAAAGUAAAGGCAUUGCCUGCCGGUGAGGAGGGAGAUUUGCUAGGAGCUUCGACUCGAAUUCCAAAAACAAGUGCAGUUAAGCAGCGUGGCACCAAGCGACCUUCCAGCUCGCGGUCACAUGGAUCAAAUCGCAAAAGUAACGUCAUUGAAGAUGAUCUCAUUUUAAAGGUAGGGGUGAAAGGAAGAAACAAAGGUGAGUUCACCAAUCCACAAGGACUGACCUCAGUCAACGGAAAGAUUUUGGUGGCGGACAGUAACAAUCAAGUUGUCCAAGUGUUCACUUCGCUUGGGGAUUGCAAGCUUCGAUUUGGAGCUCCAGGACGUGGUCCAGGAAAAAUGCAAAGGCCAACAGGUCUUGCUGUUACCAUGAAUGGUAAUUACCUGGUGGCAGACUAUGACAAUAAAUGGGUCAGUGUUUUCUCCCCUGAUGGCAAGUACAUCAACAAGAUAGGGAGCAAUAAACUUUUGGGACCAAAAGGUGUAGCUGUAGACAAGAACGGACAUAUCAUUGUAGUGGAUAAUAAAGCUAGUUGCAUAUUUAUUUUCCAGUCGAACGGCAAGCUCAUUCAGAAAUUUGGCUCCCGGGGUAAUGAUGACAACCAGUUUGCUGGGCCACACUAUGUGGCUAUCAAUACCAACAAUGACAUUAUUGUUUCAGACUUUCACAAUCACUGUGUCAAAGUUUUCAAUUCUGAAGGCAAUUUUCUGUAUAGUUUUGGGUCCAAUGGAGAAGGUAAUGGACAGUUCAAUGCUCCUACUGGUGUAGCUGUGGACAACCAUGGUAACAUUCUGGUGGCUGACUGGGGUAACUCCAGAAUUCAGGUUUUUGACAGCGAGGGAUCGUUUCUGUCAUACGUGAACACGUCAGCAGACCCCUUGUAUGGACCUCAGGGACUUACAGUGACUACUGACGGUUUUUGUGCCGUUGCAGAUUCAGGCAACCAUUGUUUCAAGAUUUACAAGUACCUCCAAUGA